AUGCACCAGCACAGCGGAGGCUACCCCCACCCUGAGCACCUCUACCAGCGCGCGCCCGCGUUCGACUGGCGGCUGGCGCCCCUGGGCCACCAGCUGCACCCCAUGGUCGCCCCGCAGCCAGGCUCCAGAGCCCCGGGCCCCCCUCAGGGCGCCGCACAUCAUCACGGCCAGCAUCGGGGGCCCGUGGCGAUCCCUUCAGGCCAGCACCAGGCAGGAAAUCAUCAUCAACGGCAAACAGGAAAUAAUCAUCAGCAGCAAGGGGGAAAUCUUCAUCAUCAGCAGCAAGCGGCCGGUCAACAGCAGCAGGGGGGCGGGAGAUACCCACAGGAGGGCACUUCUGGCGGCAGGUCACCCACGCCGCCGCCGAGUUUGGAGCAGUAUGAGAUCCUGGCAAAGAUCGGGGAGGGGACAUACGGGGUGGUGUAUGUCGCCAGGGGACGGGACAGCCGGGGGCGGCUCUACGCGAUCAAGACAUUUAAGGGGGCCAAGGCGGGCGAUGGGAUGUCUCCCACAGCCAUCCGGGAGAUCAUGCUGCUGAAGGAGUUGAGCCAGGACAACAUCGUGCGACUGGACUCGGUGCACAUCACAACGGGGGUGAACGACGCAUCCCUGUGCCUGGCAUUCGACUACGCGCAGCACGAUCUGUACGAGAUGAUCAGAUACCACAGGGACCACCUGGGGGGUCGCCCAAUGGACAUGUACACAGUCAAGUCUGUGAUGUGGCAGUUGCUGAAGGGCCUAACGUACCUGCACAAGAAUUGGGUCAUCCACAGGGACCUGAAGCCAUCCAAUAUACUUGUGAUGGGUGAGGGCGAGGAGCACGGGUGUGUGAAGAUCGCUGACUUUGGUCUGGCAAGGAUAUUCCAGUCCCCACUGAAGCCAUUAUCAGAGAAUGGAGUCGUGGUGACGAUCUGGUACAGGGCACCUGAGCUGUUGCUUGGGGCCAACCAUUACACCAAAGAGGUGGACAUUUGGGCGGCAGGCUGCAUCAUGGGCGAGCUCCUCACGCUCAAGCCCCUGUUCCAGGGACAGGAGCGUAAGAGCCCGGGCAAUGCCUUUCAGCAAGACCAGAUGGAGAAGAUCGUGCGGCUGGUGGGCUUCCCCAAUACGCGCACCUGGCCCGACCUGGAGCACCUCCACCACUGGCACGACAACACCAACAACAUCCGCAUAUGCAGCGCGGGCCGGCGGGACAGCCGCCUCGAGCAGUACAUGGUGGAAAAUGGUGGGCUGCGGCGGGGCUGUGCAGCCCUGGAUCUGAUGAACAGGAUGCUGACGUACGACCCCAAGCAGCGGGCGUCGGCGGAGCAGGCGCUGUCGCACCCUUGGUUCAAGGAGGAGCCCUUGCCGGGGAACAAUGUGUUUGUUCAGAAUGGAAGACCCACAAAGGUGCAGUACCCUGUAAGGAUGAAGACUGGGCAGGAGCAGCGGCCGCAGGACAAGCAGUCUCGUGGUGUGUCUGGCAGUCGCAGCAGAGGAUCUGGAACAUCUGCAUUGGCCCCUGGCAGCAGGCUGCCUGCUGCCAGCAGAAACCGCCACGGGGAUGUGCUGACUGCACUGAGGUAG